ACCUUUCUCGUUGCAACUCAGAUCCCCAAUUUUUUUAAACCCCUCUUUCUAACCCUAAUUCCCAAAUUCGAUUUCCAUUCACUCUAAACGCCCCAAAUUGAUACCGGAUUCUUCCGAUUCUCGUCUUCGUCUAUUGAUUGAACUAUUUUUCAAGACCUUCCGUUGAGUGAAUCGGUUUCUAGGUUAGGGUUUUGUUUUUCGUUGAUUUCGCACCAGAUCUGUCAGAUCUAUCAUCCGUUUUCAUCAAUCUAUCGGUUUUCUCUUGCGGAUUAUUAUCUUUUUGCCUUGAUUCGUCAGAUCUUGACUUUUGUUUUUGUUUUCUUGAUCGAUUUAGGGUUUGUGAAUCGAGUCAUUUUCUGUUGUUUAAUCGUUUGAUUUCAUUGUUUUAUAUCUUAAUUCGUUCAAAAGCCGAGAUUUUCAUUCACGAUUUCUGCAAAUUCUUGAUUUUUUUUUUUGAAAUUGGGGAUUGAAAUUAGGGUUUGUUUUAUAAAAUUGAUUUAUUUUUACCACCUCAAUUUGAGGAUCUGCUGUUUGAAUUACGUACGAAUUUAGUUGAAGGUAAAUUAUGGUGCAAAAGCGACAACUUUAUGGAGAAGAGUAUGAUGUUUCUACCAAACACUUGAAGUUGGAACAUAAUUGUGAUUUGGUUCCGUGUUUGCAAUUUACGAAGGACGAUGCGCAGCGUCAGUCAGAUAAAGAUGUGGGCUGCGUCUUUAAGCCGUAUUAUGAAGUUGAAAAUGGAUUUGUAAGUGGCAAGUUCACCGAUCAUCCUGUGUGUGCCACAAAGGAUGUUGAUUGUACUCUUCCUGGUCGCCUUUCCACCUCAUCAUGGGCCAGCAGUACAGUUACCGAAGAAGACGCCUUGUCAGAGGCGGUACCUCCUUCAACGCCUAAUGCCUACUCUUACCUUCUAGAACGCCCUCCUAUGAAACAAGUCUCGGUUGGACCUGAAUAUCAAGCUGAAAUACCCGAAUGGCAUGGAUCUGACGGAGAUGAGAUUAAAUUCUUGGGUUCUACUGUCAUCCCAAUGCCUGAAAAUCAAACCAUACAUGAUAGUGCAACUGUUGCAAGUGCUAAAACCGAAUGUUACUGUCAAAAUCCCGGGUCUGCUGAGUGUGUCAAACAACAUAUAAAAGAAUCAAGGGAGACCCUGAAGGCACGAAUUGGACUAAAAGCGUUUGUGGAUUUAGGGUUUGGUGAUAUGGGGGAAGUGGUUGCUGAGAAAUGGACAGAAGACGAUGAACAGUUAUUUCAUGAAGCUGUGUACUCAAACCCUGUGUCAUCGGGUAGAAACUUCUGGAACCAUCUUGCAGCUGAUUUCCCUUCGCGCAGCAGUCAAGAGAUCGUUAGUUACUAUUUUAACGUCUUCAUGCUGCGCAGAAGAACAGAGCAGAACAGACUUGAUCCAAUGAAUGCCGACAGUGAUGAUGAUGAAUCGCCGGAGUAUGAUUCAGAACCCAGAAAGUUACACGGCAGUUGUAGUUUUGAUUCAAUUUCGGAGAAAACUGUUGAUGAAAGCGGAGAUGGAGGCCAUGAUUUCUUAUAUGAUUCCUGCACAUCAUCUGAUACCGUUGGUGCGCCGUGUACAAGUAAAGUCAACACGUCAUGGGUGAACCAUGAGUUUAACUUUGAACCUUUGGAUCCACGGGUAUGGGAUGUCGGUUAUUUUUCGUGUGCCAGAACUAAAACUGAGUUCUUGCCCACAGGCUCAAUGAUUGAAGAGGUUUUUGGCGUCGAACCUUGGGAUUUUGAAACCACAGAUGAUAACAAAAGCUCAAAUUAACAUUGGUUAGUUGAUUUUUAUUAGCGCGUUAUUUUUGUUAACUGUAAGCAUGUCCAAUUUUUGAUUGUACAUUUACGGUUUACCCCUGGACCUGGUUAGUAUUAGAAGAUAUUCACAUUAAGGGGUAAACUAAUAGGUAACAGGUUCACCCAUCCUGUGGGAUGUUUGUGUUGUAAUUAAUCAAGGGCUGGACCUGAUAAUUUAGCAAGUAAUGUGGCAAAAAUGAAAUUAGGAGAAAAGGUUGUUGAUUGGCAAAGAACUGUCGUAAACAUCUUGUAACAAACUAAUACACAUGGAGUAUGUUAUUGUUCCUUUCAUUA